AUGGCUCCCCCGUCGAAAGCUUGGAAUCAUUCCGUCGAUGAACGGAUCAAGCACAUUGCACAAGGACUACAUGACGCCCCAAAAUUCAGCAAGAAAGAGGUCCCUGGCCUCCAGGGUCUCCUUGACGACUACAACAGCAAAGAUGUAGACGUGGACUACGUUCAAUUCCUCCGCAGACUUCUUAGAGUGUUCAAAGAUUCGGAGACCGACAACGCAUACUCUAAAAUGCUGAAAAAGCACACAAUUGACGAACAGACACGAAUUGAGAGAUUCCUCGCCGGCGAUGAUCCCGAGAAAGUCUGCCAUGACUUUGAAAUGGGCCCCAGCCUGGGGUGCCGCGAAGAGUUGGCAAGAUUCCAUGAUGCCGACUGCGUGGUACACGUCAGUGCGCAAGGCCUCAAGAAGCUCAAGGCGCCCAUUGAAGCGCUUGCUGCGAAGGAGAAAGCCCUUAUCCACAAAGUUCUGACCGGCAUGGAGAGUUUUAUCAUGGGGAAUAAGGACGAGCUUCAGGGAGCCGGCAUCACGGUUUAUUAUAAAACCGAGUUCCAGAACUGGGGCCUUACUGUGAAGAAUACUCCAGCUCUCACCUGUGUUCCCAGGACAACCAAGGAAGUUCAAGUCAUCGUCAAGUAUGCAAAGGCACACAACAUGAGCGUUCGAUGUUCAGGUUUCCGGCACUCAUGGUCUCCCGUCUUUGCGGAGAAUGGCUAUGUUCUCAUUUCCUUGCUCGGUCUCCAUGAAGCGACUAAGCUGCCAAACAUCACGGCUCUUCCAUUACCAGAGUCUCCCGCCACUGAUCUCCAAAGCAUCAAAAUGAUGUCGGAGAAGCCUAACGAGAAUGGUAAUUACAUUGUCAGAGUCGGCGCUGCCUGCACGAAUGAGAGACUUCGCCGCUGGUGCAUUAAAAACAAGACAGUCACGCUACCACUGAACGUCAUCAUGGUAGAAAUAACCCUUGGUGGUUCUAACGCUCCAAUAUGUCACGGUGCCGGCCGCCGUCACCAGACCCUCAGCGACCUGGUCCGCUGUAUCGAAUACAUUGACUGCAAUGGUGAGACAAGGCACGUGUCCAAGCCUGAGCAUCUCCGAGCCGCGAGUGGAUGCUUUGGGCUAAUGGGCGUCGUCACACACAUUCAUCUUGAGAUGUCUCCCAUGGCCUACGCGCUUCUGAAGCCAGAAAAGGUCCCUGUGGCUUUCGCUGUACCUCCGCCGGCAGACUUGAAUCUGGAUUCGUUGCCUCCUCCCCUAACGAAGCCAUGGACCGACCUUUCAAGCCAGGACAAGCAGAAAUAUCAAAAAAGCUUUGAGCAGCGUGCCACGAAUGAUUUCUAUUCAGAGUGGUUCUGGUUCCCGUAUAGCGACAGGGUCUGGGUCAACUGCUGGAACGACACGACUGACAGCACAGGCGUUGUGGACUUCCCCGACAAUCUGCACAUCUUCUUCUCCUUCAUCCAGACGUUCACAAUGAACGUGAUGCAAAACAGUGAACUCCUCAAUAGGCUUGUGGACCACUGUUUCGCCGAGGCGGCUGUCACAAUCAUUUCCCGCUUCGCCAUGUGGGCACUACCCAGCAAGGCCGUCAAAACCUAUCUCCCCGACGCACUCCACUUCCAGCGAGCUAUCCAAAACGUCCGCGUCCGCGACAUGGAGGUCGAGAUCCCCCUUGUCGCCAAGGGCGGGAAGACACCCAAGCCCAACGAGGUCGUUGAGAUCGACUAUGCACCCAUCCAGCGAGCCUGGUGGGAUGCCAUCCUCACCGCAUACACCGAGGAGAACCGGCUUAAGUGCCCCAUGCGCAUGCCGUUGGAGAUGCGCAUCAUGGGAGGCAGCAACGUCAUCAUGGCGCCUCAGCGUGGUAAUGAGUUGGGAACCUGUUCAAUUGAGGUACUCACUCUACACGCUGCAUCGAAUAUCUGGAUUCCAUUUGCUCAGCAGGUUCUUGACAAGUGGAUGGCGCUCAAGGACCCCAACACUCAACAGCCAUUAAAGAUCCGCCCUCAUUGGGCAAAGGAAUGGAAGGGACUUACGGUGAACGGCAAGCCGUGGAUCGAGAAAAUGAAGAACGAAGAUUACAAGGACGAGAUUCAAGAGUUCCUCACUGUCAUGUCUGAGGUAGGCAAAGAGGCUGGCUGGACCCUGGACGAUUUGCAGAAUCGGUUCUCAAACAAUUUGUUUAACGACGUUUUCUUUGAUGGUAUUUCACAGAGGAAGACAGUUGUCACCAAUGUGCUGCAAAGUCAAAGCGUGAACAAGUUGCCACAGGUUCGUGCGACUACAAAAGAAGUUGGCUUGGAUUCUAGAGAGGAUUUAAUCACCCUAUAG